AGGAAACACUUUCUGUAGUUCAGGAGUUGCACCUUUUCUUAUUUUAUUAACGAUCCAACUGGAAGAGUUUUUCAUGGUGGUUUGUUUUGCAAAUCAAGAUGUUUGUGGUUCAUGUCGUUGCCUCCUUCUUCUCCAAACCCCAGGAGGAUCCCACAAAGAUGGUGGACAGGUAUCUGUCCGCCAUGCGUCUCCAUGACGACCAGUUAAGCGACAUCUCGGCACGGUUCCAGGCUGAAAUGAAGAAAGGCCUCUCGGAGGACAGCAACGCUGCAGCAGCGAUGAAGAUGCUGCCGACACACGUCCGCUCCACUCCCGAUGGAUCGGAGAAAGGAGAGUUUUUGGUGUUGGAUCUUGGAGGAUCCAAGUUUAAGGUGCUCCAAGUUAAAGUGAGAGAGGGCACGGGCAUAACGAGGGGAGGAGUGGAGAUGGAGGAGAAGACCUAUCCCAUCCCCAAGGAGCUGCACAUCGGGAGCGGAGCAGAGCUCUUUGACCACGUGUCAGAGUCUCUGAAGGACUUCCUGCAUGAGAAGAACAUAAGUUUGGAGAAGAAACAUCCUCUAGCCUUCACCUUCUCUUUCCCCUGUGAACAAACCACCGUGAAUCAGGGGUUGUUGUUAAACUGGAGUAAGAACUUUCGGGCCCGAGGCCUUCAGGGUACAGAUGUGGUCCAGGCCCUCAGAGGGUCUAUCGACAGAACUGGGGGUAUGGAUGUAGAGGUGUUAGCCGUGGUUAAUGACACCGUGGCAACGAUGAUGACCUGCGGCGUUGAUGACCAGUACUGUGAAGUCGGACUCAUCGUAGGUACGGGCACCAACGCGUGCUACAUGGAGGAGCUGCGUCACGUCGGCCUGGUGGAGGGAGACGAGGGCCGGAUGUGUGUGAACACGGAGUGGGGAGCCUUCGGAGACGACGGGGCGCUGGAGGGUUACAUCACUGAGUUUGACAGGGAUGUGGACGCGGCCUCCAACAACCCUGGGAAACAAAUCCUAGAGAAGAUGGUCAGUGGGAUGUAUCUGGGUGAGUUGGUGAGGCUGGUUGUUUUAAAGAUGGCGAAACUCCGACUGCUGUUUCACGGACAUGUGUCGGAUGCCCUGAGGACUAAAGGGACGAUCACCACUGAACAUGUAGCAGCCAUGGAGGAGGACAAAACGGGUCUGAAGAACACCAGAAACAUCCUCGUGGAUCUCGAUUUGACCCCAUCGUCUGACGACUGUGUUGCUGUCCGACAUGUCGGCACCGUCGUGUCCUUCAGGUCCUCAAAUCUGGUGGCUGCAGGACUGGCGGCCAUCUUGACUCGAAUUAAGCAAAACAGGAAUUUGAGGACGUUCAGGAUCACUGUCGGUGUGGAUGGAAGUGUUUACAAGAGGCAUCCGCAGUUUCCUCGUCGGCUCCAUGAAGUCGUGCGGCGGCUGCUCCCCGAGUGCGAUGUCCGGUUCGUCCUCUCAGACAGCGGCAGCAGCAAAGGAGCUGCUCUGGUUGCGGCGGUCGCCCAACGACUGGCAUCCCGAAGGCUGCAGGUGGAUGAGACGCUGUCCCCCUUCAGACUGAGCCAGGAGCAGCUCCAGGUGAUGAAGACCAGGAUGAGGAUGGGGCUUGAAGCAGGGCUGAAGAGCAAAGGCCCCUCUGCUCUCAAGAUGCUGCCUUCUUUUGUUUACCGCACACCCGAUGGCACGGAACAUGGAAAGUACCUUUCCUUGGAUCUGGGAGCAAGAAACUUCAGAGCGAUGCUGGUGAAUUUCAAACAAGGUCUGCAACCGAACUCACCACUUUACCACAAGAUGUACCCCGUACCACCGGAGGUAAUGCAGGGAAGUGGAGAGGAGUUGUUUGAUCUCAUAGCGCAGUGUGUAAGUGACUUCCUGGACUACACGGGGAUGAAGAACGCUCGUCUUCCCGCAUGCUUCAUCUUCUCUUUCCCCUGCGAGCAGACGGCGAUAGACACGGGCUCGUUGGUGAGCUGGACCAAAGGCUUCCACGCCACCGGCUGUGAAGGACGUGAUGUGGUCAGCAUGCUGAGGGAAGCCAUCGAGAGACGCAACGAGUUUGACUUGGACAUCGCGGCAGUCGUCAAUGACACAGUGGCGACCAUGAUGAGCUGUGCCUGUGAAGACGCUCUGUGUGAAAUUGGACUGAUUGCUGGAAGUGGCACUAAUGUUUGUUACAUGGAGGAGCUCAAGAACAUCGAGAAGAGCGAAGACAAGACGGGACAAAUGGAGAGAGGAGAGGAGGAUAAGGAUGAUGGGAGAGAAAGAGAGAGAACGGAGAUCCCAAAGAUGUGUGUAAACACAGAAUGGGGGGGAUUGGGGGACGAUGGCUCUCUUGAUGACAUCAUCACACCGUACGACAUUGAGGUCGACCGAAACUCACUGCACCCUGAAAAACAAAGGUUUGAAAAGCUGACGAGUGGGAUGUAUUUAGGAGAAGUUGUCCGUCGGGUAUUAUUGGAUUUAACCAGAGGAGGGUUGCUCUUCAGAGGCCACGUCACUGAAGCUUUAAAAACACCUGGAAUGUUCCAAACCAAAUACCUGUCACAGAUAGAGAGUGGCCGCCUGGCUCUACUGCAGGUCCGAUCUAUUCUCCAACAGCUGGGGCUUGACUGCACCUGUGACGACAGCAUUAUUGUCAAAGAGGUAUGUGGGGCGGUGUCACGGCGUGCAGCUCAGCUGUGUGGGGCGGGGAUGGCGGCUGUGGUCGAUAAGAUCAGAGAGAACCGAGGACUGGACCAUCUGAACAUCACCGUAGGGGUGGACGGGACACUCUACAAACUACACCCACAUUUCUCCGGCAUCCUCCAAGAGACUGCCAGAGUGUUGGCUCCUCGGUGUGACAUGACCUUCCUGCCAUCAGAAGGCAGAUGGAAGGGCGCUGCCCUUAUUGCAGCUAUGGCCAGACAGCAGCUGGAGAUGUAACUUAAAAAAAAGUUUCUCCAACAGCUUCUUUUCACGACAAGGAGCCUCACCUGAAGGGCAUAAUAACACAUGCGGGUCCCUCACAGGCUUCCCACCAACUAAAACCGCCAUUUGCGCUGGAAAAAUAGAAAAAGAACAGAAGCUCUGCUGCCAGCAUUUCAAAUUUGGUUCUUAAUUUUUUUUAAAUUAGAUUACAAUUAACAGAUGUUUACAAAAUCACAACAAAGCUUGUCAACCAAAAAAAGAUGUAUGUGUCACUCGAACAGCCCUCGUUUUAUUGUGAGCUCUGUAAUAGGAUUGGAGCAUAUCUAAAUAGAAAUACAAAUGUUUGACUAGCCCAGCAACACAAAUUUGUUUCUCGAGCCAUUUUUGGUAUGUGAGAGCAUCAAGCCAAAGCCCUCUACUUUCAAAUAAUCACCAAGUCAGCUGUAGGAAAAGUGUCACACACACAGCUGCACGGUCAGAAUUUGAUUAGACUCUCUUCCUUUGAUACCCAGACUGAGUACUUCGUUUUAGAAAUGUACAAAUGCUCAUUUAAAAAAAUCCCACCCUGCUAUUCUUUAAGGUUAGCACUUUAUCCGAAAUUUAAAAAAGGGAUGCAAACAGCUGUCAUAAUGUUCACCACGGCAACUGCAAUAUAAGACUGAUAAUAACCUUCAGUUGUCAAAAUGUGAUCCGUACGCGUGGUGUGAUGCUCUGAAGAACUGAACAGUGUGUGUGUGUGUGUGUGUGUGUGUGUGUGAGUGAGUGAGUGAGAGUGUGUGUGUGUGUGUGUGUGUGUGUCUGCCUGCCUGCGUGUCUGCGUUAGUCAGCACUUUUUUCAGUAUUGAUGAAGGGCGGAAGGAGGACUGGAAUGCUGCUGACCACAUUUCCCAAAAAUAUCAAAACAACCAGCGCUCUGUUGGGACAUUCUGGAUUGACUCUCUGUCCUUUUGAUCGUCUGUCUGUCUCUCUGCCUCUCUGUCUCUCUGUCUCUCUGUCUGUCUGUCUCUCUGCCUCUCUGUCUCUCUGUCUGUCUGUCUCUCUGUCUCUCUGUCUCUCUGUCUGUCUGUCUCUCUGUCUCUGUCUGUCUGUCUGCCUGUCUGUCUGUCUCUCUGUCUUACUGUGCAUACUGUCUGUCUGCUUUAUCCAUCUAACUGGAUCCUGGCCCAUUUCGCCUCCUCUGUCUUUAUUUGAUCUGUCUGCAGGGUAAAUACUGAAAUAGCAGGAAAGACAGAAACAUGGAGAAAUGUUUGAGAACAAUUAUGAAACAACUCAACCGAAGACGUGUUUUCAGUAUCGCUGAUAAACUUUCACUCUGAGGAUUUGAAUUAUAAGGUCAGGCCUAUCGUAUGUCUUUGUUUAAGGCCACUAGGAAUUUAGUUUUGUAUACUGAUUUGACAAAACGGCAUAUUAGAUACAAUACACUACAAUGAUCAGUGCAAUGAUGAGUGUAUGUAUGAUAAUCCAUUCAUGACAGAUUAGACAAUGUGUUGAAGGCAAGAAGAAAGCAGCAGAGUGCCGGCCAAAACCAAAACCAAUGGAUCUCGAAAGAAAGAAGGAAGGAAGGAAGGAAACAAAUUAAAAGUGAUCAUGGAAAGGAGGAAGGAAAUGUAUUGGAAAAGUAGUUGUGGUAAACAGGAGUGAAACAGUAGCUAAUCUGUCAGGGAUUAGCAUGUUACAAUGAUAACAGUUGAGGGCUGCUACCACACACACACGCACACAGAGCAUGGUAAUCCCUUACUGUCCUAGUCAUGACCGAAUAGCUUCACAGUUAAACCACACAUGCACUAACUCUGCAGCUCCAAUGCAGCAGACUCAGCGCUGCGGCUGAAUCCGUUUGUGGAGCACGGCAGAGUGAAGUGACCGGAGCCGUCCUCCGUCUCCUUUCAUGUUUCGUUCUAUACAAACUCCCUCUUCUCUCGCGUUAACUUUACACAAAUACCGUACAUCCCUUUGUAAUUUGAGCUUUUAUUUUAAGUAGAAUAACCUGAAAUUCAUCGUUCAGUCUUCCUGAAUGAGCAUUUCUCAGGGAGCAAGGUGUGCGAGGCCUCCUAUACGUUCACUUUGUUUCUUUUGUUUGUUUGUGUGUGUGUGUGUGUGUUUGUCUCUUUGUCUCCUUGUCUCCCUGUUUGCUAACAAUAAGACCUUUGACACACACAAACACAGAAAUGGUCCCAAGUUGAGACGCUGGUUCUUCUCGACCUACACAAGGUCGGACUCAAGUCCUUUUCGACAGGGAUUGUACUUGUUUACACUCAGUGAGCUCGGACAUUCAUUUUUAUUUUACACCCAUUUAUUGUCUUUAAAGACAAUAGAUUUGAACCUCUAUAUGGACCGUGGGAAAAUGAGACGCCACAACGCCCCGAAGCAUUGUGGUGACAACAGUUGGAUGCUGGCUCCACGCGAUCAUGGGAAACCUUUAUCAAUGAAGGUAAUUUAAUGAAUCCAGGUAGUAUCGUAAUCUGGAGUGACUAAGACUGCUGUAACUAUAUGUAAUGAGUGUGUAGGCUAGAAAAAUACUCUGGAAAUGGAUGAUGGAGAAAGAGGAGGCAAACACAAAUGUGUAGUUAAACUUCAACUAGAGCUUUUAAAUGUUGUGUUGUCAUGUAACUUAUCGCCACAGACAUCCACCGCUAUUUUCCUGCACUGCGUUGUGUGAGCCGUUCGCUGGAGCAGGAUGCGAAUGAUAGCUUGUAUAUAUAUAUAUAUAUAUAUAUAUAUAU